GCUUCAUUGUAUCUUCAAUAAAUUUUUUUAAGAGACAGGAUCUGUUACCCAGGUAGGAGUGUAGUGGUGAGAUCAUAGCUCACUGCAGCCUUCAAUUCCUGGGCUCAAGAAAUCCUCCUGUCUCAGCCUCCUGAGUAGCUGUACUAAGCCCUAUAGGUUUGUGCAACCAUGCUCAGCUUGCUUGCUUUUCUUUUCUUUCCGUUCUUUUCUUUUCUCUCUCUCUCUUUCUUUUCUUUUCUUCUUUUCUUCCUUUCUUUUUUUGUAAAGAAGGGGCCUCAUUAUGUUGCCCAGGCUAAACUUGGCCCAAAGUGCUGGGAUUACAGGCAUGAGCCAUUGGUACCUGGCCUUCAAUAAUUUUUCAGUGAAAAAAAGGGGUCCUGCAAUCAAAAAGUUUGUGAACUACUCUUUCAGAUAGACCAUAGGGUCUAAUUCUAGGCCCUCAACCCUAGAAUUAGAAUUGCUUCAAACAUUAGAAUUACCUGGAGAAUUUAAAUACUGAUGCCAGGCCUCACUUCUAGAGGUUCUGAUUUAAUAGGGCCUAAUGUCAAGCAUCAAUUUGAAAUACAAAACAAAACACCACUCAUCCCUUUGAAUGUGCAGUCUGGAUUGAGAACCCCGCUCUGGCUAUUAUCAAUUUAAAUACAAGAUGAAAAAGGAACAUGUAUUAUGCUAUGAGGGCACAAUCAGCAAAACGACACAGAAAGUGACUAGACAAAGAAUCCCUGCUUAAGGAACGGAUUAAAGCAAUUCCCAAGGGAAUCUGAAGCAUUAACAGGCAUAUAGGGAGAGAUAUAAGGGGAACAUCACUUGAAUUACACUACAGGUAAGACUGGCUUUUAAGAUGCCAAGAAAGGUCAAAGGAACCAUCUCUGGUCAGAAAACAUAAGGGAUUAACGUGAUUAAGAAAGUGAAGGGGGUAACACUGGGAACUGAAAUCACAAUCUGGUAACCUCACACCACUGGUUUACUGCUCUGGCCUAGUCUCAGCUGCUGAAUUUCUUCAUACAAAACUGGCUCUCCUGGGUCCCUCCCCUCAUCUUUCCUGCACAGUGCUCACCGCCUCCAGAACGCUCCCUCAUCAGAAAGCUCAGGCUCCACUCAGUGAAGGGCGCAGGCUGCACCGCACGUCCGGGAGCCACGUGUCAGGGGUCACGUGUCAGGCGCCAGGUAGCAGAAGGCCGUUGGAGCGCCUGCGCAGCUUUUCUCCACACCGCACACACACGCGCUGCUCUUCCAGCGCCCCCAGAGCCGCUUUCCCGCCAGGACGACACUUCACCGGUUUUCAGCUUCCCUUCAUCGUCGCUCCAGCACUCGUUUUUAGUCCUGCUGUUGGCUUUUAUAUCCUUCUCCGCCAUGCCGCGUGAGCCUGCGAAGAGGAAGGCAGAAAAGCAGCUGUUUGACGCCUCAUCCUUCGGGAAGGACCUUCUGGCCGGCGGAGUCGCGGCAGCUGUGUCCAAGACAGCAGUGGCGCCCAUUGAGCGGGUGAAGCUGCUGCUGCAGGUGCAGGCCUCGUCGAAGCAGAUCAGCCCGGAGGCACAGUACAAAGGCAUGGUGGACUGCCUGGUGCGGAUUCCUCGCGAGCAGGGUUUCUUCAGUUUUUGGCGUGGCAAUUUGGCAAAUGUUAUUCGGUAUUUUCCAACACAAGCUCUAAACUUUGCUUUUAAGGACAAAUACAAGCAGCUAUUCAUGUCUGGAGUUAAUAAAGAAAAACAGUUCUGGAGGUGGUUUUUGGCCAACCUGGCUUCUGGUGGAGCUGCUGGGGCAACAUCCUUAUGUGUGGUAUAUCCUCUAGAUUUUGCCCGAACCAGAUUAGGUGUCGAUAUUGGAAAAGGUCCUGAAGAGCGACAAUUCAAGGGUUUAGGUGACUGUAUUAUGAAAAUAGCAAAAUCAGAUGGAAUUCCUGGUUUAUACCGAGGGUUUGGUGUUUCAGUACAGGGCAUCAUUGUGUACCGAGCCUCUUAUUUUGGAGCUUAUGACACAGUUAAGGGUUUAUUACCAAAGCCAAAGAAAACUCCAUUUCUUGUCUCCUUUUUCAUUGCUCAAGUUGUAACUACAUGCUCUGGAAUACUUUCUUAUCCCUUUGACACAGUUAGAAGACGUAUGAUGAUGCAGAGUGGUGAGGCUGAACGGCAAUAUAAAGGAACCUUAGACUGCUUUGUGAAGAUAUACCAACAUGAGGGAAUCAAUUCCUUUUUUCGUGGUGCCUUCUCCAAUAUCCUUCGUGGUACAGGGGGUGCUUUGGUGUUGGUAUUAUAUGAUAAAAUUAAAGAAUUCUUUAAUAUUGAUAUUGGUGGUAGUUCAUAGGGAGAGUAAAUUAAGAAAUACAUGGAUUGAACUUAAACAUACAAAUUACAUAGCUGCCAUUUGCAUACAUUUUGAUAGUGUGUUACUGUCUGUAUUUUGUUAAAGUGCUAGUUCUGCAAUAAAGCAUAUAUUUUUUUCAAGGGUUUAAAUACUAAAUAUCAGAUUUUUCUUCCGACUUAGACUCAAACACAUUUUAAUGUGAUAUUUCAUUUAUUAAAGGUAGUGUAUUUUGUUAGUUUAAAAUUCUUUUAUGAUUAAAAAUUAAAAUGUAUAAUGCUGAAAUCUAAGAAAUGAAAGUAUCCUCUUUUAAAUUGCUAGUCAUUUAAUAUACCUGUUUUCUCAUCUUUUAAAAUUAUAUGGCAUGACAAAUAUUUCUUAAAAGCUUAUCAAGAGAUGUCAUCAUAUCUGUAGGCACAAAUAAGCUUUGUUCUUUAUCUCUUCUAAGACAGCACAGCUAUUACUGUGUACGUAUUUACAGUAUCAGUUAGCCUUUGAUCAUAGAUGUGAUCAUUUAAAGAUUUGAUAAUGAUUUCAGUGACAUAAACUGAAACUGGAAAAUAAAAAUGGCUUAUCUGCUGGUUUAUCUUAGAAAUAAAUAAAAUCUUGCUAGUGUGAAUA